AUGGUGGUGGGUCACGAACGCCGAGGAGUGAGACGCGAGGUUGAGACGGUGGAGAAGCCGGAGGUUGAGGUGCCGGGAGUACGAGAUAUGCAUUUGGGAACGGUGGAGGGAGUAGAGCGAAGCGAGGUGGAUACAGACCGGAGUCAGGAUCACCGCGCGAUCUUAGAACGUAAUGUGGAGAUCGGUCGGAAAUUAUUAAGUGGUGAAUUGACACCAGGUAUUUACCGAGGCAAGGCUGCUUACAUCCCAGCAAUGACUAUGCGGGAGGGUGCAAUCAGUGCGAACAAGUAUACGGGUCUAUAUGGGCCGCUUCGAAGCACCGCUCAAACCCGCACUUGCAAUGUCGACUACAAUCCUGAACUAUGUAAAGAUUAUAAUGAGACAGGCUAUUGCGGCUUUGGGGACACUUGUAAGUUCCUUCAUGAUCGCUACAAUUACAAAGCGGGUUGGCAGAUUGAACACGAAUGGGAGAUCGCUCAAAAGAAGAAGCAACAACAACUCAAAGAUAGACUAGCACGCAUCAAACCAAACUCCAAAUCUGAUGACGAAAGUAGCAACUAUAGUAGCGACAAUUAA